AUGGCACGCGACAUCUGGUCUGAAUCUGGUCUUUGGUACAGCUUGCUUGGACUGGUCGUCCCAAUUAUCGUCUGUCUGGCGGUUGUUGCAGCCAGUCGUUGGGCAGUAUCACCCGCCCCAACUGUCAUGAGGCCACCGAAGCCCCUCAAAAGCCUGACGUUUCGGGUCGACGACAUUCCAGUGGACCACAUUGAUGACCUCGACCGCAACAUCCAGUCCAUUGCUGAGCGCGAUGCUGAUCUGCGCGCCGCCGCUUUUACCCGUCGUUCCCUUGGGCACAGUGACAACAAACACGUGUGUGCUACCGUCACGGCCACCACAACUCUCUCGGGUAACGACUUAUGUUCGCGGUUGACCCGAGCCGGCAAGGGUUUCCCUUACAGCUAUAGUUGUGACUUUGACGGCAUCACGCCCUUGUACGAAGACACCAACGGCGCAGCGGUAGACAUCAUCGCCGUGCCUGGUCUUGGAAGUCACCCGCUCGGGUCUUGGAAAUCCCCUCGUAAUGAUGACGUCUGGCUGCGGGACUUCCUGCCCAAGGAUGUGCCCAAUAUCCGAGUGCUGAUCUAUGGCUACGACACGACGCUGCCAGGCAGCCGCUCCAAGCAAUCCAUCGAGGAUUUGGGCGGAAUUCUAGUAGAGCGACUCGUUGCGUUUCGCGCAAGAGACGGUACAACUCGCCGGCCGCUCAUCUUCAUUGGACAUAGCCUAGGUGGCCUGCUUAUCAAAGAGGCUCUUAUCCGCGCUCGCAAUUCACGCGAUGUUGAUAUCGCAGACCUUGCCAAGGCAUGCUACGCCCUUCUAUUUUUCGGCGUUCCGAAUCUCGGCCUGCGUAAUGAACAGCUCAGGACCAUGGUCCGUGGCCAACCGAACGACGCUCUGGUGCACGACCUGAUUGUCGAUAACGACUCUGAAGCUUCGACCUUCCUCAAGAGACUUGCCGAUGACUUUGCUGAGAAAUGCAAGGAUCACUAUCGAGUGAUGUCGUUUUUUGAGCGUAUGCUCAGCCCAACUGUACAGCGUGACGACGAAGGUAAUUGGCGAAAGACGGGUCCGGCUUCCUUGCUAGUGACACAAAAGUCUGCCACUGCCACAGGCCUAGUAGCAGUAGCUGACGAAGACAACAUUGCACUUAACGCGGACCACUCUGGGAUCGUCAAAUACAGCUCCAGAGGCCAGGGCGACUACCCUACAGUAAGAAGAAGACUCAUGGAUUGCGUUGAAAGGGCAAUCCUAGACGUGCCCAGACGAUUUACCGAGCAUAGCUUUGAGAAUCUCUAUUCCAAAAGAGUAGAAGAUUGUAUGAGGUCGCUGGCGUUUCAGGAAAUCGAUGGUCGACAGAACGGCAUAGAUGCUGCUGCCGCCGGUACCUGCCAAUGGCUCCCGAGCCAUGAGACUCUCACGGCCUGGAUUCGCCAACAUCGGGGCUUGUUAUGGAUCAAAGGCAAGCCUGGAGCUGGCAAGUCGACUCUAAUGAAAUAUGCCCUCGAAAAGGUCCCACAUCUUUACGAGACGCAGCCGCUGGUUCUUUCUUUCUUUUUCCAUGGACGUGGCCAUGAAUUGCAGAAGUCGCAGCUCGGCCUCUUUCGGUCCCUCCUGCAUCAGCUGUUGAAUCACGUUCCGGGAGCACUCUCUGACUUGAUCGACACUUUCGGCGUGAACGUGAAAACCGUAGGCGAAGCUGGAAAAGAAUGGCAAUGGCAUGUUCCAAUGCUGCAGGUUUUCUUCCAGUCAUCGCUUUCGAAGAUUCUGAAGCAACGUGCGGUUCUCGUCUUCAUCGAUGCGCUCGACGAAUGUGGAGAAGAACCUGCUGUUCAGCUUAUAGAGUUCUUCAAGAAGACUCUCUCAGGCCUUUCAUUAGAAGAUUCGCAAUUCAGCAUCUGCUUUUCCUGCCGCCAUUACCCUAUCGUUGAGCUUGAAGGUGGAUCAACGAUACAUAUUGAUCAGGAAAAUGGCAGGGACAUCGAUACGUAUGUUCGAACCCAUCUUCCGUCAGAGCAAGACUCGGACAUCCGAAGCCUCUUGAGCCAGCGAGCGCAAGGGGUAUUUAUGUGGGCCCACCUCGUCGUCAACCGCGUUUUACAAAUGAAGCGCAACGGCAAAUCUCCAAGCAAAAUCAAGCGUGAGGUUGAGCGAGUCCCGCAGCAACUGGACGACCUUUACUACGACUUGCUUCAAGGCUUGAACUCAGAGGACCGUCCUGAGACCCUACGACUGGUGCAAUGGGUGUGUUUCUCGAUUCGGCCAUUGACAAUGUAUGAGUUGCCAUGGGCAAUGACGAUUGAUCCAGACAUUCCAACCCAAACGCUCGACGAUUGCGAGCAAUCUGACGAAUUUAUUUCAAAGGAUGACAUGCACCGGAGAGUCACAUCCCUUAGCUGUGGACUUGCAGAAGUAGCGUCUUCCGACAAAUCUCACGUUAUUCAGUUCAUCCAUCAGUCAGUCAGAGAUUUCUUCAUCGAGCGGGGGUUGUCGGCUCUCGAUGAUACCAUUGAAACAGCCAGAUUGGUAGCGCCUACCGUCAAUUGCCGUUUGUUUUUUCAAUGCAUCAGUUACUUCAAAAUGACUGUCUCUUCAGACGCCGGGGGUUUCUGCAUAGAUCAUGCCUUCAAGUUCCCAUUUUUGCGUUAUGCAGUAUUAUACUGGGCAUCUCACGCCAAGCGGGGCGAGGCGGCAGACGUAUAUGCAAAAGACAUCCUCGAAUCUUUCGGUUGGCCUUCGCGUUCCUUAGUGGACAAAUUGGUAAAGGCAAUUGAAUUUUUUGAGAGUGAUGCAUGGUUUCGGAAAGUUCGAGCAGCUAGUCUGGUGCAUAUUGCAUCCCUACACGACCUACAGGGACUUCUGCAAAUCAUUAUGGAGCAUACCGAGGCGCACAUUGAUGCAAAGUCUGAUGGCGGCGGAACGCCACUGUCUUUCGCAGCUGAGAAGGGCAACGACGCAAUCGUUAAGAUGCUUCUCGAUACAGGCAAGGUUGACGUCAACUCAAAGGACAAUAAUGGCUGGACGCCACUAUCUUUUGCGGCCGAGAAGGGCAGCGAAGUUAUUGUUAAGAUGCUUCUUGACACAGGCAAGGUUAACACUAGCUCAGAAGAUAACUAUGGCUGGACGCCACUAUCUUGGGCAGCUAUGAAUGGGCACGAUGGAGUUGUUAAGAUGCUCCUUGAUACAGGCAAGGUCAAAGUUACCUUGAGGGACAUUAAUAGCUUGACGCUACUAUCCUCAGCAGCUAUAGAUGGGUACAAGAAGUCUUUGAAGAUACUUCUCAACACAGGCAAGGUUGAAGUUGACUCAAGAGACACUAAUGGCCGGACGCCACUAUCUUGGGCAGCUGGGAAUGGGCAAGAGGAAAUUGUUAAGAUACUUGUCGAUACAGGCAAGGUUGACGUUGACUCAAGAGAUGACGAUGGCUGGACGCCACUCUCUUGGGCAGCUACAAAUGGGCAAGAGGAAAUUGUUAAGACACUUGUCGAUACAGGCAAGGUUGAUGUUAACUCAAGACACAACGAUGGCUCGACGCCACUCUCUUGGGCAGCUACAAAUGGGCACGAGGGAAUUGUUAAGAUACUUGUCGAUACAGGCAAGGUUGACAUGGACUCGAGAGAUAUAAAUGGCUGGACGCCGUUAUCUUGGGCAGCUUAUGUUUUCGUCCAAGGCCCGUACCUGGUCAAAACGCUGCUAUCUCGGGCGGCUUCGUUUGGGCACGAGGGAGUUGUUAAGAUGCUUCUUGACACAGGCAUGGCUAGUAUCAACUCAAGAUGCAAAGGUGGUCGGACUUCGUUGUCCUGGGCGGCUGCGUGUGGGUUUGAUGAGGUGGUCAAAAUGCUUCUCGAUGCAGACGGGAUCGACGUCAACACAAGAGACAAUGCGGGCCGGACGCCAAUAUCCGCGGCUGCUAGGAAGGGGCGCGUCAAAGUGGUGGCGUCGCUUUGCGAUAAGCGCACUACCGACGUCAAUCUCGAAGACAAAGGAGGGUUCACUCCAUUCAUGAGGGCUGUGUGGAGAGGUCACAAAGAGGUCGCCGAUGUCCUCCUCCAGACUGGACGUCUUUCAUAUCGGCAUUGCAUGGAUGGUCUCUGUUAUCAGGCAUUUUGGACCCUUAAUCCAGAAGAACUGGACCAAUUCAUGGUUGACGCUGACUUGGAUAUGGGGGAGGAUUUCUUUGGACUGAGGGAAUUGUUUUGCGAUUUGUCGAUACCAUGA